CGAAGUUAGUAGGUAACCUGUGAUUUCUUCUGCUGUUCUGCAUCUUCUGGAAGCUUUUGUGGUUAAAAUAAUAAGAUUAUUCAUAGUUCAAAUAGACAAUAAUAUCCAUGUCUUCAUAUUUUUAAUAGGUUAUCUCCAGUUUUAAAAUGCCUGCAUAUCAUUCCAGUUUCACAGAAUAUACACAAUGUGUCGGAAAUAUGGCUGUUCUUCCCUUACGUACUCAGUGCCGCGGUCCUGCACCUAUGACCACACAGGAAUAUGAUAUCAUCGAUGAAGCAUUAUAUUAUUUUAAAGCAAAUGUUUUCUUCAGAACAUACGAAAUUAAGAAUGAAGCUGAUCGUGUUCUUAUCUAUCUUACUCUAUACAUUACCGAGUGUUUGAAAAAACUUCAAAAGUGUUCCCAAAAGUUACAGGGGCAGAAAGAAUUGCAUUCAUUAGGCAUUUCUAAGUUUGAUAUUCCUGGUGAUGAAAAUUAUCCUCUCAAUUCGGUUUAUGCUAAACCUACAAAUCCUGGUGACGCUGAUUUGAUGCGGCAAUAUUUUCAACAGUUGCGUCUAGAAACCGGCAUCAGAUUGUGUAAGAUUGCUUUUGAUCAAAAUGAUAAGCCAUCUAAAUGGUGGCUGUGCUUUGCAAAGAAGAAGUUUAUGGAUAAAUCUCUUUCUGGACCUGGACAGUGAAUACUAUUCCAAUUAAGAUGUGAAAUCUAUGAAAACUGUUUCAAGUGAGUUAGUUAGCGUAGGUUUCAAAUUGGUAAUUCAACAUUGAUCCAAGUGUUAACCUAAUAAUUAUGAUUUUUACGUAAAUUCCAACUUUCACAUUUUUC